AUGAAGCUCCUACUGUUUUUAGGAAUCUCUGUGACCCUGGUUCACUUCGGACACUUGAUCCCAGAUUUUUGCCGGCUGCCCAAAGAUGAGGGCACGGGGGAAUACUUCAUACAGUCAGUGUUCUACGACCCGGUGUUGGACCAGUGCCAGCCACUUCUGUUCAAAGGCGAAGGAGGAAACGCCAACCGCUUCAAAAAUGAGAGAGACUGCAUCCGGAACUGCUCGGCCAAAGCUGAGCAGGUCUAUCCCAUGGACCUGACCCUGGCCUGCCACUUCCCAAAGGCCAAAGGAAAGUGUGGUCUGACGCUGCUGAGAUACUACUACGACUCGGUUUAUGAUCGCUGCAGAAGGUUCCACUAUUCUGGUUGUUACGGCAACGGGAACCGCUUCACAGACAUCGAAGUCUGCAACGCCACCUGCAACGGCAUCCACGAUGACAGAGAAGAGGACGAGGACUAUGAAUCAGACACUCCUGUUGCGAUCAUCUGUGGAGUGAUUCUGGGCGUCAUCGUCUGUGCCAUAAUCAUCACCGUUGUCGUUUUAACCGUAAUGUCGAAGAAAAAGGAAGCAGCAACGAAGGCGGGAAGAGCAGGGAAUAGGCCCCAGGACGUGCCUCUGCGGGACGUGGAGGUGUCGUGA